AUGGGCAAGGCGAAAUCUGGGAAGCGCAACGCUGCCGGGUCCGGGACCCCGUACGCACGACCGGCAAAAUCUAACAAGACGAACAAUGUGUUCAAGUUUAACACAAAUGUCGGUCAACAUAUCCUGAAGAACCCCGGUGUCGCGGAUGCGAUCGUCCAUAAAGCCGAGCUGAAACCGACGGACACCGUUCUCGAAAUCGGUCCCGGUACCGGUAACUUGACUGUGAGGAUAUUGGAAAAGGCGAAGAAGACCAUUGCGAUCGAAUUCGACCCUCGCAUGGCGGCCGAAGUCACAAAGCGUGUACAAGGAACCCCGGAACAGCGCAAACUCGAUGUCAUGCUUGGAGAUGCCAUCAAAGUCGAAUGGGUACCUUUCGACGUGCUCAUCUCCAACACACCUUACCAGAUUUCUUCUCCCUUGGUUUUCAAGAUGCUCGCCAUGCCGAAGCCCCCGCGCCAAGCGAUUCUCAUGUUCCAGCUCGAGUUCGGUCAGAGACUGGUAGCAAAGCCAGGCGACAAGCUCUACGGCCGGUUGAGCGUGAACGCAAACUUCUGGGCGACCUGCUCCAACGUAAUGAAGGUGUCAAAGGCCAACUUCAGGCCGCCACCGCAGGUCGACUCUUGCGUCGUCCGCAUCGUCCCUAAGCAAGGCGCCGAGCGCCCUACCAUCAGCUUUGAAGAGUUCGACGGCCUCCUCCGCAUCUGCUUCAACCGCAAGAACAGGACCAUGCGCGCAAGCUGGCUCGGCACGAAGGAGGUCCUCCAGAUGCUCGAGAAGAACUACCGCACCUGGGCCGCCCUCAACAACGUCCCCCUCGACGACUCCCUUGUCGAGGACGAGGAAGAGGAUGAUGUCAUGGAGAUGGACGACGAGCCGGCCGACGACGACGACGCCGAGCCCAUGGACGACGACACCCCCGAGUUCUUCAAGGAGCUCAACGCCAGCGCCGCCGCCAAGGUCCCCGAGAAGACCAAGAGCAAGCGCAAGAAGACAAAGGUCGCGGCCCUCGUGAGGCAGAAGAUCGAGGGCGCGCUGGAGAGCACGGGGCUGCUGGACAAGCGCGCGCGCGCGUGCGACGAGACGGACUUUUUGAAGCUACUGUCUGCGCUCAACUCGGAAGGCAUUCACUUCGCCUGA